AUGAAUAUAGCAUUAUGGGCUGGUUUUAUAACAAGCCUGCUAUUAAUAUCAAAUAUUGAUGGAGGACGCAUAAAAUCAAGUGGUAAAAUCCAUUCGCGCCCCCCGACAAAUCACUAUUCUUCACAUCACAGCUCGUCAUAUCAUAACACAUAUCAUCCCGCACCACCCAGCCAAGUCGUUGUUGUCCCAUCCAAUGGCGGCUACCAAAAGUCCAGUUUCUCAAACAGCCUCGCCUCUGGUUUUGGUCAGGGAGUAGGAUUCGGAGUGGGCCAACAAGCCGUAAAGAGUGUCUUCAGUGGGAGUAGCAGUGGAUCAUUUCACACAGUUAAUCAUGUAUAUACGAAUCAAGCUGCUCCAGGUGUACUGGCACCAUCCAGCGGACAAUCUGUCACUGUUGUUCAGACAGAAGAAAAAAAAGGAUUUCCCGUGAUAUAUAUCAUCAUAAUUGUAAUCGGCUGCAUUGUUGCAUCGAUUGUUCUAUUGUUACUGAUAAAACUUCUCGGCAAAUAA